AUGGGCAGCAGGAGCUGGAGCUGGGCUCUGGUCUGGGCUUCUGUGGCCUUGUUCAAGGUGUGGCCAGCAGAGAGCCAGAGCCAGGUAGAGCUGAGCUUGAAACACCCAGAACUUACUGAAGACGGUCAGAAAGUGUACAGCGCCCCCACAUCCUCGUCCACCCAGCAUGUCACCUUCAUCCCACCUAUCACUGUCUUCCCUAGCAUGAGCCCCAUAAACCUGGCACACAAUGGGAGAGUGUGCAGCACAUGGGGUGACUUCCACUAUAAGACCUUCGACGGUGACAUGUUCCGCUUCCCUGGCCUCUGUAACUAUGUCUUCUCUUCACACUGUGGGGCCACCUAUGAGGACUUCAACAUCCAACUGCGUCGUGGUCUUGAGGGUUCCAGGCCCAUGGUCACUCAUGUGGUCCUCAGGGCCCAGGGGCUGGUAAUUGAGCUGUUCAGUGGCUCUGUCCUGGUGGACGGACAGCGGGUGGAGCUACCCUACAGCCGUGCAGGUCUUCUGAUGGAGAAGAGCAGUGGUUACGUGAAGGUCGGCAUCCGGCUGGUCCUCACCUUCCUGUGGAAUGAAGAUAGUGCCCUGCUGGAGCUGGACUCCAAAUAUACCAACCAGACGUGUGGGCUGUGCGGCGACUUCAACGGGCUCCCAGCUGUCAAUGAGUUCUACGCCCACAACACCAGACUGACUCCUGUACAGUUUGGGAACCUGCAGAAGCUGGAUGGUCCUACAGAGCAAUGCCAGGACACCCUGCCCUCAGCUGUCAACAACUGCACAGAUAGGGAGAACAUCUGCCGCCACAUCCUGCUUGGCCCUGCCUUUGCCGAGUGCACUGCCCUGGUAGAUGUCAACAUGUACUUGGAUGCCUGUGUUCAGGACCUGUGCCUCUGCCCCACGUGCCCAUGUGCCACUUUUGCUGAAUAUUCCCGCCAGUGUGCCCAUGCAGGGGGCCAUCCACAGAACUGGAGGAGUCCUGAUCUUUGCAACUGGACAUGCCCCUUCAACAUGGAACACCGCGAGUGCAGCUCUCCCUGUGUGGACACCUGCUCCAAUCCCCAACGCUCUCAGCUCUGCGAGGACCACUGCGUGGAUGGAUGCUUCUGUCCCCCAGGCACUGUGCUGGAUGAUAUCAGACACUUGGGCUGCCUGCCCCUGGAGCAGUGUCACUGUACCCAUGGUGGCUACACAUAUGCCCCUGGAGAGUCCUUCAACACCAGCUGCAGCUCCUGCACCUGCUUCGGGGGACUGUGGCAGUGUCAGGAUUUGCCGUGCUCUGGGACCUGCUCUGUGCAAGGCGGAUCUCACAUCUUCACCUAUGAUGAGAAAUUCUACAAUGUGCAUGGGGACUGCGGCUACAUCCUGUCCAAGAAAUGUGCUGAUAGCAGCUUCACUGUGCUGGUGGAUCUACGGAAGUGUGGAGUGACGGAUUCUGAGAACUGUCUCAAAGCCGUCACCCUCAGCCUCAACAGUGGGGACAUGGUCAUCCGGAUCCAGGCUAAUGGUGCUGUGUUCCUGAACUCCAUCUUUACCCAGUUGCCCCUGUCUGCAGCCAACACCACCAUCUUCAGUCCAUCAUCCUUCUUCAUCGUGGUGCAGACAGGCAUGGGGCUGCAGCUGCAAGUGCAGCUGGUGCCCAUCAUGCAGGUGUUUGUCAGUCUGGACCCCUCCUAUCGUGGCCAGAUGUGUGGUCUAUGUGGGAACUUCAACCAGAAUCAGGCCGAUGACUUCACAGCCCUCAGUGGGGUGGUGGAGGGCACAGGAGCCGCCUUCUCCAACACUUGGAAGACUCAAGCCUCCUGCCCCAACACCAAGAACACCUUUGAAGACCCCUGCUCCUACAGUGUGGAGACUGAGAACUAUGCCCAGGAGUGGUGCUCCAAGCUCACUGAAAGCUCAGGAGUCUUCUCGGCCUGCCAUGCCACCGUCAGCCCAGCACCCUUCUACUCGAACUGCAUAUUUGACACAUGCAACUGUGAAAAUAGUGAGGACUGCAUGUGCGCGGCCCUGUCCUCCUAUGUGCGUGCUUGUGCCGCCAAAGGCGUGCUGCUCAGUGGCUGGAGGGACAGUGUCUGCUUCAAGUACAUGAACAACUGUCCCCAAAACAAGAGCUACUCCUAUGCAGUGAGUACUUGUGAGCCGACCUGCCGCUCUCUGAGUGAGGCCGAUGUCACCUGUGGCAUCUCCUUUGUGCCCGUGGAUGGCUGCACCUGCCCUGAAGGCACCUUCCUGAACGACAAGGGCCACUGUGUGCGUGAUGAGGAGUGCCCCUGCUUCUUCCAUGGGACUGUGGUGGCUCCCAGAGAGUUUGUUAUGGACAAUGGUGUGGCGUGCUCCUGUGAAAAUGGGAAACUGACUUGUCUUGGAGCCCUGAUGCAGAGGAGUACAGAGUGCCAGGCACCUAUGGUAUAUCUGGACUGUAACAACGCCUCAGUGGGUGACAAAGGGGCUGAAUGCCUCAGAAGCUGCCACACACUGGAUGUGGACUGUUUCAGCACGCACUGUGUCUCGGGCUGUGUGUGUCCCUCAGGGCUGGUAGCAGAUGGGAAUGGGGGCUGCAUUGCUGAGGAGAACUGCCCCUGUGUACACAAUGAGGCCACCUACAGACCUGGGGAGAUCAUCCGGGUAGACUGCAAUAACUGCACCUGCAGGAACCGCCGGUGGGAGUGUACUGACCAUCCCUGUAUGGGUGCGUGUGUGGCCUAUGGGGAUGGCCAUUUUGUCACCUUUGAUGGUGAACGCUACAUCUUUGAAGGCAGCUGCGAGUAUACCUUGGCUCAGGACUACUGUAGAGGCAACACCAGUACUGAUGGGACCUUCCGUAUUGUCACUGAGAAUGUCCCUUGUGGGACCACAGGGACCACCUGCUCCAAGGCCAUCAAGAUCUUUGUGGAGAGCUAUGAGCUGAUUCUUCAUGAAGGGAACUUCAAGGUGGUAGAGAGAGGGCCAAGUGGGGACCUUCCAUAUAAGAUCAGAUACAUGGGCAUCUUCCUGGUCAUUGAGAUCCGCAGUGGGAUAGUUGUGUCCUGGGACAGGAAGACCAGUGUGUUUGUCCGACUGCAGCAGCAUUACAAGGGAAGGGUCUGUGGCUUGUGUGGGAACUUCGAUGACAAUGCCAUCAAUGACUUCACCACACGCAGCCAGUCUGUGGUGGGUGAUGUGCUGGAGUUUGGAAAUAGCUGGAAGUUCUCCCCAUCCUGCCCAGAUGCCCCAGUUCCCAAGGACCCUUGCACUGUCAACCCUUACCGCAAGUCCUGGGCCCAAAAGAAGUGCAGCAUCAUCAACAGUGCGACCUUUGCUGCCUGCCACUCCCAGGUUGACUCCACCAAGUACUAUGAAGCCUGUGUACAUGAUGUAUGUGCCUGUGACUCAGGAGGAGACUGCGAGUGUUUCUGCACUGCUGUGGCUGCCUAUGCCCAGGCAUGCCGUGAUGUGGGUGUGUGCUUGUCCUGGAGAACACCAGACACCUGCCCUCUUUUCUGUGACUACUACAACCCUCAUGGGGAGUGUGAGUGGCAUUACCAGCCCUGUGGAGCACCCUGUCUGAAGACCUGUCGAAACCCUGCUGGACACUGCCUUGUUGACCUGCCAGGCCUGGAAGGCUGCUAUCCACAGUGCCCACCCAGCCAUCCCUUCUUCAAUGAAGACCAGAUGAAGUGUGUGGCCCAGUGUGGAUGCUAUGAUGAUGAUGGAAACUACCAUGACAUUGGCACACAGGUUCCUACAGCUGAGAAUUGCCAGAGCUGUAUCUGCACCCCUGGUGGCCUCCAGUGUGUUCACAACCUUACAGCCUGCACAUGUACCUAUGAGGGCCGUACCUACCACUAUGAUGAUGUUGUCUACAACACCACGGAUGGCCUUGGUGCAUGCUUAGUGGCCAUCUGCAAAGACAAUGGGACUAUAAUGCGCACAGCUGAAAAGUGCCCUGAAGUCUUGUCUACCACACCAUUCACAUUCACCACUACCUUGGCGUCCCGUGCCAUAUCAGGCUCAGCUCCCACUGUGUCCCCUGUAUCCACUGUGUGUGUCCAUGAGGUCUGCCGCUGGUCCAUUUGGUAUGAUGAGAGCUACCCAGAGCCUGGCAUGACAGGUGGGGACUUUGAAACAUUUGAGAACCUGAGGCAGAAAGGGCACCAGGUGUGCCAAACCCCUGCUGCCAUCGAGUGCCGAGCAAAGAAGUUCCCCAGCAUGGACUUACAGAAUCUGGGCCAGAAGGUGAACUGUGAUCCAUCUUGGGGGUUGAAAUGCCUCAACAGUGAGCAGAACCCCCCAAUCUGCUACAACUAUGAGCUGAGGGUUCUGUGCUGUGAUUAUGUGCCUUGUACUUCCUCCCUGACCUCAGGCACAAGUACCACUCAUUCCCUGUCUGAGAUCAGUAGAGAACCCACUUUGCCCACUCUCAGUACUCAGACGGCAACCUCAGAAUCCAAGUACAGACCCUCCUGGACCACAGAAGGGAAAGAGACAUCCUUGGAUAUGAUUCACAGCUCAAGGCAAACAGUGACAUUUACCUCAAAAAGCAGGGCUACUUCACAUCCCAUUGUGUCCACAAACCCAGUCAGCAGUCUCCCCCCAUCAAGCCCUACCUGGACUAAAAGACCAAACGAGAACACCUUGCACACAAUGCCUAGCUCCCAGCCAAAACCAGUAUUUACCUCACAGACUGGGUCCACUUCCACAGCCAGCACUGCCACAAAGACAGUAGGCAGCCCCGUGACCUCCACAACCUGCCAACCCCAGUGUCAGUGGACAGAGUGGUUUGAUGUGAACUACCCUUCAUCUGAUAGGGAGGGAGGGGACAUUGAGACAUAUGAGAAGAUCAGAGCCACUGGGGCAGACAUCUGUGGACAGCCUCAGGACAUCCAGUGUGCGGCCCAGAACUACCCAGACGUGAAUUUGGACAUGCUGGAUCAGAGAGUGAAGUGUGAUGUCAGCUUUGGUCUGGUGUGUCACAACAGGGACCAGGACGCCAAAUUCGGGAUGUGCUACAACUACAUGAUCCGUGUGCUAUGCUGCAAUGUGAGCCACUGCCAGGGGCCGGCCACCAGUGCAGGCUCACCCCCAACACCAGGAACUGCCACCACUGCUACCCAGACUCUGUCCUCCAAGCCUUAUCUCAACACGAGUCCAGUUGAGACCUGGUCUCCCUCAGGCUCCAUCACCAGCAUCUAUCCCUCAGAGAUCCCCACCUCUGGGAUCCUGACUACAAGUGUGUCACCCCCACCCAGCACUCCUCUGACAGCAACCUCAAAGACCACUCAGCAUCCCAUGAGUUCGGCAUCCUCUAGCACUGUAGGCAGCCCUGUGACCUCCACCACCUGCCAACCCCAGUGUCAGUGGACAGAGUGGUUUGAUGUGGACUACCCUUCAUCUGACAGGGAGGGAGGGGACAUUGAGACAUAUGAUAAGAUCAGGGCCACUGGGGCAGACAUCUGUGGACAGCCUCAGGACAUCCAGUGUGUGGCCCAGAACUACCCAGACGUGAAUUUGGACAUGCUGGAUCAGAGAGUGAAGUGUGAUGUCAGCUUUGGUCUGGUGUGCCACAACAGGGACCAGGACGCCAAAUUUGGGAUGUGCUACAACUACAUGAUCCGUGUGCUAUGCUGUAAUGUGAGCCACUGCCAGGGGCCGGCCACCAGUGCAGGCUCACCGCCAACACCAGGAACUGCCACCACUUCCAAUUCCAGAUCAGUCACACACACUUCCUGGUCUGCGUCCAGUAUGCCCACCAUCAUCAGCACCACUGAGUCUGUUUCAUCCCCCCACAAAACUACAGUCCUCACCAGGGCUUUUUCCACAGCCAGACCCACACCCAGGGAGACACAAAGCUCAUCAUGGCUAACAACUGGUCUCUCCUCAGCCCCUACAACCAUGAGGACUACUUCCACACGCUGUAAGUUUCAGUGCACCUGGACAGAUUGGUUGGACAGUGACAAACCCCAACCUGGCCAGUUUGGGGGAGACAUUGAGACCUACUAUCAUAUUAGAAACAAGACUGGUACUCAGAUAUGCAAGAAACCUGUGGACAUUGAAUGUGAAGCAAUCCUCUUCCCCAACAUGUCCUUCCAGCAGCUGGGCCAGGAGGUGGUUUGUAAUGUGGACUUUGGACUCAUCUGCAGGAACAGCAAGCAGGCCAACAACCAAACCUGUUUGAACUACCACAUCCGUGUACUCUGUUGUGAGGAAGACACCAGCUGUUUCAGCACAACUGGAUCACUGUCUACCACCUCCAGAAGCACCACCAUGAACUCAGACACAGCUACCUCCAUGACCACAACCAUUACCCAUACCAGGAAAACUCCAGAACUCAUUAAAGUUGCUUCAUCCAGCACCACAGCAGUACUCAGCACACAGAUGGUCACUUCAACAGCCAGCACAGUUACAGAAACAGUCAGCACCCCCAUGACCUCUACGAGCUGCCAACCCCAGUGUCAGUGGACAGAGUGGUUUGAUGUGGACUACCCUUCAUCUGAUAGGGAGGGAGGGGACAUUGAGACAUAUGAGAAGAUCAGAGCCACUGGGGCAGACAUCUGUGGACAGCCUCAGGACAUCCAGUGUGUGGCCCAGAACUACCCAGACGUGAAUUUGGACAUGCUGGAUCAGAGAGUGAAGUGUGAUGUCAGCUUUGGUCUGGUGUGCCACAACAGGGACCAGGACGCCAAAUUCGGGAUGUGCUACAACUACAUGAUCCGUGUGCUAUGCUGCAAUGUGAGCCACUGCCAGGGGCCGGCCACCAGUGCAGGCUCACCCCCAACACCAGGAACUGCCACCACUGCUACCCAGACUCUGUCCUCCAAGCCUUAUCUCAAUACGAGUCCAGUUGAGACCUGGUCUCCCUCAGGCUCCAUCACCAGCAUCUAUCCCUCAGAGAUCCCCACCUCUGGGAUCCUGACUACAAGUGUGUCACCCCCACCCAGCACUCCUCUGACAGCAACCUCAAAGACCACUCAGCAUCCCAUGAGUUCGGCAUCCUCUAGCACUGUAGGCAGCCCUGUGACCUCCACCACCUGCCAACCCCAGUGUCAGUGGACAGAGUGGUUUGAUGUGGACUACCCUUCAUCUGACAGAGAGGGAGGGGACAUUGAGACAUAUGAUAAGAUCAGGGCCACUGGGGCAGACAUCUGUGGACGGCCUCAGGACAUCCAGUGUGUGGCCCAGAACUACCCAGACGUGAAUUUGGACAUGCUGGAUCAGAGAGUGAAGUGUGAUGUCAGCUUUGGUCUGGUGUGCCACAACAGGGACCAGGACGCCAAAUUUGGGAUGUGCUACAACUACAUGAUCCGUGUGCUAUGCUGCAAUGUGAGCCACUGCCAGGGGCCGGCCACCAGUGCAGGCUCACCCCCAACACCAGGAACUGCCACCACUGCUACCCAGACUCUGUCCUCCAAGCCUUGGCCCAUCACUAGUCAGAAUGUGACCAGGACUUCCUCAAUUUUCACCACAGUAGCAACAAGCCUCUCUGAGACUCCACCAGGCUCUAGCCACACCGCCACUCUUGUUACAUCAUCUGGCAGAAGCCGUCCACAUGUUUCAAGUGUCAAGGAAACUAGUGGUUCAGGAAAGGUCUCCUCUAUCCAUACAACAUUUGACAGCCUGCACAAAACAGUGCAGCCAUCAACACUCACAUUGACAACAAAACAAACUUCCUCAACUGGAAUCUGGACAAGAAUACUUACUGGCACAGCUGCCUCUGCCUCCUCAAAACUUCCACCCACGAGCCUGGAGUUGACUACAGGCAUAAACGAGCUCUCUUACAGUACACCAAGGACACAGACACUACCAGUAACCAUGACUAAUGCCACCACCAGCCAGGGCACAACCCACUGCCAGCCCAAGUGUAAGUGGACAGAAUGGUUUGAUGUGGACUCACCAACCUCAGGUGUAGUAAGAGGGGACAUGGAGACCUAUGAAAAUAUCAGAACUGCUGGUAAGAAGAUUUGCCAGGCACCAGAGAAGAUUGAGUGCCGGGCAGAGAACUACCCUGCAGUGAGUAUUGAUAAAGUUGGUCAAAUAGUAAGCUGCAACCUGGAGACAGGACUGGUCUGUAAAAAUGAGGACCAGACAGAUGACUUCAAAAUGUGCUUCAACUAUAAUAUACGUGUGCUUUGUUGUGAUGACUAUAGCCACUGCCCUAGCACAACUGCUGUACCAUGGACAUAUACCACGAACAAGACUACAGUCAGCAGUGAAGUCCCCACCGCCGCCAUCAGUUCAUCAACAGGACAAGGACACUCCACUAAAGCUACCACCUCCUCUAACACUGCACAAAGUCUGAUGACCAGCAUUACCCACACAGGAUCUACACCUUUCACAUACUCAGGCAGCAUCCCCGUGACCUCCACCACCUGCCAUCCCCAGUGUCAGUGGACAGAGUGGUUUGAUGUGGACUACCCUUCAUCUGAUAGGGAGGGAGGGGACAUUGAGACAUAUGAUAAGAUCAGGGCCACUGGGGCAGACAUCUGUGGACAGCCUCAGGACAUCCAGUGUGUGGCCCAGAACUACCCAGACGUGAAUUUGGACAUGCUGGAUCAGAGAGUGAAGUGUGAUGUCAGCUUUGGUCUGGUGUGCCACAACAGGGACCAGGACGCCAAAUUUGGGAUGUGCUACAACUACAUGAUCCGUGUGCUAUGCUGCAAUGUGAGCCACUGCCAGGGGCCGGCCACCAGUGCAGGCUCACCCCCAACACCAGGAACUGCCACCACUGCUACCCAGACUCUGUCCUCCAAGCCUUAUCUCAACACGAGUCCAGUUGAGACCUGGUCUCCCUCAGGCUCCAUCACCAGCAUCUAUCCCUCAGAGAUCCCCACCUCUGGGAUCCUGACUACAAGUGUGUCACCCCCACCCAGCACUCCUCUGACAGCAACCUCAAAGACCACUCAGCAUCCCAUGAGUUCGGCAUCCUCUAGCACUGUAGGCAGCCCUGUGACCUCCACCACCUGCCAACCCCAGUGUCAGUGGACAGAGUGGUUUGAUGUGGACUACCCUUCAUCUGACAGAGAGGGAGGGGACAUUGAGACAUAUGAUAAGAUCAGGGCCACUGGGGCAGACAUCUGUGGACAGCCUCAGGACAUCCAGUGUGUGGCCCAGAACUACCCAGACGUGAAUUUGGACAUGCUGGAUCAGAGAGUGAAGUGUGAUGUCAGCUUUGGUCUGGUGUGUCACAACAGGGACCAGGACACCAAAUUUGGGAUGUGCUACAACUACAUGAUCCGUGUGCUAUGCUGCAAUGUGAGCCACUGCCAGGAGCCGGCCACCAGUGCAGGGUCACCCCCAACACCAGGAACUGCCACUAGUGCCAGACUCUCUAACACUGCCAUAAACACUUCUCCGGCUUCUUCUGCAACCCUCAGUAGCACUUCAGCUGCCUCUGUAACCACAAGUACUUCCAAAGAGACUCAGCCCUCAUCUCUGCUGAGUACCAGGACUACAGCCAUCUCUACUACACUCUCUAGUUCCAAGGGCUGCAAGCCUCAAUGUACCUGGACAGACUGGAUGGACCAGAGUUCCCCUACACCUGGGAAUUCUGGUGGGGAGUUUGAGACCUACACCAACAUUAGAGCAGCUGGAAUUGCUAUAUGUGAAAAGCCCCUGGACUUAGAAUGUGACAUUGUUGACCAGCCCAAUGUGCCUCAGCAGGAAUCAAGACAGGUCAUCAACUGCAGUCUGGACUCUGGGCUGGUGUGCAGGAACCAGGACCAGACGGGGCCCUUUAGCAUGUGCCUCAACUACCGCAUCCGUGUGCUUUGCUGUGAUGACUACAGUCACUGCCCUAGCUCCCCUUCCAGCGCCUUAACUUCAGGCCUGCCCUGGUCUACCCACACUCCCACAGUCCUUUUCACAACCACAGUGUCCUCUAGCACUGAAUCCACCUUUCAGACCAAGCAUCCCUUCAGCUCCCCAGUGCCAAGCACCCAAGCAUCCACAUGGACCACAUUUCCUGACUCAGGCUGUGUACCUCGAUGCACAUGGACAGACUGGUUUGAUGCGGACUUCCCUAACCCUGGUCCCAGAGGCGGGGACUUUGAGGUCUAUGCAGUAUUACGUGAGGUUGGCUUUGUGUUCUGUGAUCAGCCCAGGGACAUCCAGUGCCGCUCUGAGAAGGAGCCUGACAAACCCCUGGAAAGUCUUGAGCAGGUGGUCCAGUGUGAUGUGCGAUUCGGGCUGAUAUGCAAGAAUAUCAACCAAUCCGGGCCUUUGCAAUACUGUGACAACUACCAUGUGCGCCUCCUCUGCUGUGACAACGUCAGUCACUGCACCACAUCACCUAUGGCCACUUCCUCCACCGUUCCUUCUACCUCUCCCCUGCAGUCCAGUCACACUUCCCCAACUUUGAACACCAUGACUUCUUUACCUGAGGUCACUGGCUCUGUUACAUUCCACUCCUCUUCCCUGGGACCCACUCACACCGCUCCAGUUUUGACCACAGGAACUUCACCUGUAGCCACAGGCCCCACUGCGGCCCCCUCCUCUACCUCAGAGACCACGCACACCACUCAAGUUUCCCACAGCAGCCAGGUGACCUUCAGCAUGCCUACUGUUUCUCCUUUGGGCCCCAGUACCCUCAGGCCUACUGUCUUUUCCAGCCAAUCAUUUUCCCCAUCACCCUGUUUCUGCCGGGCAUUUGGACAGCUGUUCUUACCUGGAGAUGUCAUCUACAAUAAGACUGAUGGAGCUGGCUGCCAAUUCUAUGCCACCUGCAACCAGUACUGUGAUGUUGACCGCUUCCAGGGUGCCUGCCCCUCCUCUUCCCCUCCAGCGCCCUCUACUUCUGCACCUUUGUCCCCCCUGCCUCCUGGCUGUGAUGAUGCCAUCCCUUCCCGGCAGGUGAACGAAUCCUGGACCCUGGAGAACUGCACAGUGGCCAGGUGCCAGGGAAAUAACAAAAUCAUCCUCCUAGAGCCGGAGCCUGUGGACAAUGUCACCUGUGUCAACAAACACUUGCCCAUCAAAGUGUGGGACCAGGAGCCUUGCCACUUCCAUUAUGAGUGUGAAUGCUUCUGCAGUGGAUGGGGGCGCUCACACUAUCUGACAUUCGACGGCACCUCCUAUACUUUCCCGGACAACUGCACCUCAGUGCUCAUGAAAGAGAUCUACCCUCGCCACGGCAACCUGAGCAUCCUUGCUCACAGCUACUAUUGUGGGGCUACCACCAAUGUCACCUUCUGUCCCCGUGCCCUCAGUGUGUAUUACAACUCUAUGGAGAUUGUCCUUACCAUCACCACCACUGCCAGUGGGAAGGAGGAAAGCCUGAUCAUAUGGGACCAAACGUGGAUAAGAUCAGGUUCCAGCAAGAAUGGUGUGACAGUGUCCUUGAGUGGCACCAGCACAAUGGGUGUCAACAUUUCUGCCAUUGGUACCAGCAUCAUUUUUGAUGGACACAUCUUCCAGAUAUGGUUACCCUACAGACACUUCAGCAACAAUACUGAGGGCCGGUGCGGUACCUGCACAAACAGCCAGACAGAUGACUGCCGCCGGCCAGAUGGCACCAUAGCUUCCAACUGCCAGGACAUGGCCAAAGACUGGCUGGUGCCUGGGAAUAGCAACAACAGCUGCUUAGUUCAGCCUAGCCCUCCCCCAAGCACUACUUCCCAGCCCCCAGUGUCCAGCACAACCACCUCUCCCCCAUGCCCUACUGCACCCCUCUGUGAGCUGAUGCUGAGCCAGGUCUUCGCCGAGUGCCACAGGCUCAUCCCUCCAGAUACCUUCUUCAAUUCCUGUGUCAGUGACCACUGCAGUACCAAUUUUACUGGCAUGCUCUGUCAAAGCCUGGAGGCCUAUGCAACACUCUGCCGGACCCAGGGAGUGUGCAUCAACUGGCGCAAUGCCACUGGAGGGCUAUGUGACUUCUCUUGUCCACCCACUAAGGAAUACAAACCUUGCGGACCCUUGCACCCAGUAUCCUGCAGCUCCAGGACCCUGAGCAUUUCAACUGGGCCCCUGGCAGAGGGCUGCUUCUGCCCUGAGAAUCAGCUCCUCUUCAAUCCACACAUGGACAUCUGUGUGCUGGAGUGUCCCUGCGUGGGACCAGAUGGGCUUCCUAAGUUUCCCGGAGAACACUGGACCAGCGGCUGCCAGUCCUGUGUGUGCGACCCCAGCUCUGUGUCAGUACAGUGUGAACCAGUGAGGUGUGAGAGCCAGAAGGAGCUCCCAGAGUGCACAGAGGCUGGAUCUAUGACUGUGACCAGGCCCAAGGCUGACAAUCCAUGCUGCCCCGAGACAGUCUGUGUUUGCAAUGCAACUACCUGCCCCAAGAGUGUGCUCAAGUGUGACCCAGGGUAUGAGCUGAUCCAAACCCAUGAGAAGGGCAGCUGCUGCCCCAACAUCAGCUGCCGACCUAUGAUGUGCACAUACAAUAACACCCUCUAUGGGGUCGGUGCAAACUUCCCAGGGGACGAUCCCUGCCAAACAUGCACCUGCUUCUCUAUGGGCAAUCAAGAACCAAAAGUAGAGUGUAGAGAGAAACUUUGUACCACCUCCUGUCCCCAGGGCUUCAAGUACACACCGAUGCCAGAGCAGUGCUGUGGGCAAUGUGAACAGAAUGCCUGCCUCACGCCAGAGGGCCAGGCAGUGCAGCCCAAUGAAACUUGGGUGAACAAUCCUGUGGACAACUGUACUGUGUACCACUGUAAGGUUGAGACUGGAAUCCAUAUACUGACUCCAAUCCCCACAGCCUGCCCUGAUGUGUCCAACUGUAGGGGAAUCCUAAGGAAAACAGGUUGCUGUUACUCCUGUGAAAAGGAGGACUCAAGUAGAUGCCAAGUGCGUGUAAAUACAACCAUCCUGCAUCAUAACGGCUGUGAAACAGAGGAGGCAGUCAACAUCACCUUCUGCGAGGGUUCCUGCUCUGGAAUGUCCAAGUACUCCAUGGAAGCCCAGGCCAUGGAGCAUCAGUGCACCUGCUGCCAGGAGAGCAAGGUCCAUGAUGUAGCUGUGGCCAUGCAGUGUCCCAACGGUACAGUCCUGCAGCACACCUAUACCCACAUCGACGAGUGCAGCUGUGCCCUGGCCUGCAGCUUCCUGCCCACGACUUCCAUGAACACUCCCUAGAGCCCAGUGCUGGAAGGCAAUUGCGUCCCCCAACCCCCUCACGUCCCUCAACCUGGAGCAGAACCUGCACAACUGACCAUAAACCUUAGGCAGGCAUGUUCUGUGUGGCCCACAAGAACCCUCUGUGGCCCCACUGCCUCUUCUCCCCUUGGUAAAACCAGCAUCAUGGAGGGUAAGGGGACAAUUAAGAUCCACUUGAGGAGGGGGCCAGGUGAGGAUUUGGCCCUUGGAGGACCCUCUUGGCUGCCUUGGCCUCAUCUUCUGUGGUGACACAUAAAUGUCAUGGAGAAAAACAGAGAGCCUGUGGCUGUAGGGCUCCCCACAGCAAGCCUGUGUGCCCUUGAUCACAUAAAGAAGCCCUCUGCCAGUUAUCUUAAGUGCACAAAGGCAGAUGGAACUGUCCAGUCAAGACAAGCUACCCAGGGAGCUGUGUCAGGCAAGCCUGCUGGAGGGGCCUUGAGAUCUGGGGUUAGAGAGGGGCCCGUGCUCACCCAGCCCUAAGCUGCAAUAAACCCUGGCACUGUG